UCUCUGAAGGAAGUUAUUAUGUGACUAACACAUUUUCAUCAGAUUUUCUCUGAUUUGCCCUGACUUUUAUGAGAAUGAUGUGCACUGCCAAAAAAUGUGGAAUUCGGUUCCAACCUCCAGCUAUUACCUUAAUCUACGAGAAUGAAAUCAAGGGGAAAAGUCGCCAGCGGAUCAUGCCAGUCCGUAAUUUUUCCAAGUUUUCAGAUUGCAGCAGAGCUGCUGAACAAUUGAAAAAUAAUCCACGACACAAGAGUUACCUGGAACAAGUAUCCUUAGAGCAACUAGGGAAAUUAUUCAGUGUUUUACAAGGUUACUUAUGGGGGCAAAGUUUGGAAGAAACGAUCCAGCAAAUUCAAGAGGAAACAAUCAUUGACCCUGAGGAAGACAUGAACAAACUUGAUGAGGAACUUGCCAAAAAGAAGAGUAUCAUGGAUGAACUUUUUCAGAAAAAUCAGAAGAAAGAUGAUCCAAACUUUGUUUUUGACAUUGAGGUUGAGUUCCCACAAGAUGAACAGUUGCAGUCCUGUUGCUGGGACACAGAGUCAGCAGAUGAGCCCUGA